GCAAGGAGGGAGGCCUCGGCGCCAGGGGCCGAGCGCUCUCUCCGUCUAGUGUCCUUAGCUACCCCCGUUCCCAGCACCCGCCGUUCAUUUGCCGCCUUCCGACGCGUGACCCCGGCGCGCUCGCUUCCCGGGCCGGUGACAGGCGCGGGGUACGCCGACAGAUCCCAUGUGCCCCCUCCCUCUCCUGGCCGCCGCAGUUGCCGCGUCCCGAACCCCGCUCCGGCUCCUCGGCAGAGGACUUGCCGCCGCCAUGUCUGCCGCCGGGCGACUCAAAUCCGUGGACUACGAAGUGUUCGGGAGAGUGCAGGGUGUUUGCUUCAGAAUGUACACAGAAGGUGAGGCUAAGAAAAUAGGAGUGGUUGGCUGGGUGAAGAAUACCAGCAAAGGCACUGUGACAGGCCAAGUGCAAGGCCCCGAAGAGAAAGUCAAUUCCAUGAUGUCCUGGCUGAGCAAAGUUGGAAGUCCUAGUUCUCGCAUUGACCGCACAAACUUUUCUAAUGAGAAAACCAUCUCUAAACUUGAAUACUCAAAUUUUAGUAUUCGAUACUAAUAGAAGAGCAAUAAAAAUUUUAAUGCUUAUAUUGCACAACAAAUACUAGA